CUCCAGUACAUGUGCUCGACUGACUUGGACUAUAAUUGCGCUUCGAGAGAACACCCGCUGAGAUUCUCGUCUGGUUUGUGUCAUGCGUUUGCUUCCACAGAACAGAUCAUCAUAUUCUGAGCGCUCUGUGGACUGUGAGAGUGAUGAUGGAUCAGAGUUUCCCUCUGGGAUUCAUGGAGCUCAGCAGUUAAAGUUUUGUGGUAAUUUCUUGAAGGUUGUGGGUUCAAAUCCCAGACUAGUCAGACAGCCACUGUUGGGGCACGUCAGCUGAUCUGCCCUGUGAUUGGAUUCUAGCAUGUUAAAGGAACAAAAUCUACCCUGAAAUAUGUUUAUAUAGGGAUAUUUGUUUGGAGAUGUGUUUGGAGAUCUGUUUGGAGAUGUGUUUGGAGAUUCUGGUGCUAAUAUAUUGUCUAGUUUAUAUGUUAUCUCCUAAAAAGAAAAGAGCGAGAGCUUCUUUUCUCACUCAGUUUUCAUUUUCCAGUGAUGUUCAGUUUCAUUUUAAUGAGAAAUCCAGUGUAGAAGUAGUGGAGACAUUAGUGCAAACAUUGGACUCCAAGUCCCAGAAUGCAGUUGAGAGACGUCUUGGCUAGUUAGUGAUCUAUGAGAUGACGAGCAUGAUGCCAUUAGUGGUGGAAUUAGUGUGAAAGCUGUUUGAGCAGAGUGUACAGAUGAGGAGGUGAGAGAGCUGGACAGACUAAAAGACUAAAGCACCGCUGCAUCGCUCUCUUUAAGUAGAGAUGAAGCGAAAGCUAAAUCCCCCGCACCACUUUCAGGAGGUAGUCGACCAGCACUGUGGUUAUUGUUGGAAUCCAAAGUGAAAGUAGAUUAAUAAAUCUUGUAUGUCUUUGGAGAUCAUGCCUUAAUUAUAAAGAUGGAUAUGCAGAUUGUUCAGGGUGGAGUUAAGGCUGCUUUGAGGUGACAGGACUUCAUUCAUAUGAAGACCAAAGAAACAACUCUCUCUCAUCAGAAAUGCUAUUUCAAAUUCAGAGGAGCUGUGAUCCCUGGGUGAGAACAAUGGACUUCCACUUUUACCCAGCUCCCGUGUAAGUUGGGAUAUGUGACUUUUGGUAUUUCUCCCUCUGUGUCACUCAGUUCAAGCAAAUUCACACUGAAUCAGGCGAAUUGGGAGCAAGAAAAGCAUUGAAACGGUGGUAGUGAUGGUAGGCCAGGAGUUGCCUGUUUAACAAAUGGGUUUUUAGACUACAGGACCUGUUUGAGAACUGUUCAGAUGGUGUCCAUGAGGUCUGAUGUGGGAACCAUGUCAUUUGUCACAUCAGCAUGAAACAUUGGGUCUGUUGGCAGAUAAAUCACUGAAAUCAGAAUCAGUACUCAGAUAUCUGUUAAUGAAAGUUUGCUAUUAAGGUGAGGACACACUAACAUCCAUAGAUGUUCUUCCAUCUUUCUUCAUAUGAAAUCUGUCGCUAGUGGAAAUUUCCCCCCAGACAUUGGCUUGUGUUAACUGUAUAAAGGGAAGAGCAGUGCGAGGUGAUUUAUAGCGAGGGUCAUUACGGUGACUCUCGGCACCAAUGGAGCUAUUUUGAGCCACAUUCGCUGAAGUGGAGGUUAUUAGCAGCUCAGUGUGAUGGCCAAGUGACACUUUGAAGUCUGAGAGCAGACCUGAACCUUGGCCUAAAGGACUGAGGUUUUGACCUUGUGGUGUAACAGCAGGCAUCAUAAGCAGGAUACUCGUCUAUUUUAUGAGUGUGUUCGGAAUCUGAUCAGAGAUUGAAGCAUAAUGUCUCUACAGCAGCCUGAAUACACGCUAACAAGUAACUUCUCUGCAUUACGUGACCUAAACAACUUCUGUCAGUCGCUCUGGAUAAACACGUCUACCAAAUAUCGGUUCAGAGCUCCACAGCUAGCUAGGAAGCACAGAAAGCUAUCUUUAUAUCAUUCAUUAGUUUAAUUAUAAUCACAGUAGUGAGGAUUCUCGAUUCGGACUUUCUCUAACAGCAGCUCUGACAGUGCAGCUGUAAAUCACAGGUUUAUAUUAAUGCACUCGUUCUGAUACGUUAUCGUUUCUAUAGUAACGGCUCAUUCACAGGGACUCGUACGAUGAACGCUCGACAUAACCGGAUUAAAAAAAACCAUCGCUAUGGUGAAGUUUUCUGUAAGGAGAUGUUUAUUUAACAUUUAUGGAAGGAGUCUCCAGUGUCAGUGCUUUGUAACAGAGACUUGCUCGGAUCUGGUUUAUAAAGAAGUGGAGAAGAGCUCGAGGAUCGGAUCGGUGACGUCACCAGUCGGUGAAUCGGCGAAACCCAACACCGAUUAUUGCUCGGGGCAGGGAUGAGCGCGCGCGGCUCCACUUCUGCACAGCGCAAGUCGAGGCACGUGCGGCACCCGCUGCCCGGGGCUACAGAGAGAGAGAGAGAGAGAGAGAGAGAGAGAGAGACAACCCAGACCUUCCCACCUCCCUCCCGGAGGAGCUUCUGCAUUACCGAACCCCGGCUUCUCUGUACUUCGGAUCCGGUCCUUGCACGUGCGCGCAGGACCGACACCGAGUAAGAACAUCCCGGCGCGCGCGCGCGUCCUCAUCGCCGUUAACACGCGGAGGGGAUUAGGAGGGGGUGUAAAGUUUUCCACAGAGAGAGAGAGAGAGAGAGAGAGAGAGAGAACUUGAGAGCACCUCAAGUUUCUGUCUUGAGGAAAAUGAGGAGAGUUUGAGGAUCUCGUGCUUUUUUUCACCCUCACCGGCCGCCACCGAGCUCCGGCUCGCGCUCCCGGUCUCCUCUGGCGCGCGAUUCCGCUUUCACCCAGGACUCUGCUGCUCGGACAAAUGCAUACAAAUGCAUUUAGGAGCCCAACGGACAAGGGGCGGCCGCGUUGCACAAACGAGAGCCCUCCUUCUGCUCCUGUCAGUAUGUUUCACUAUGCUAUCUGCAGAAGAACAUUCACAAACUCAAGGUGUAGAUCUUCUUCUCCAGCUGGGCCUGUCCAGCCGCAGAGACGUCACCCACUCCUCUUGGAUGAUGACCUCACCCCCCCUUAUUUCUUCCCUCCCAUCUCUCUCUAUCCUUCCCCCUGGGGUCGGGGCGACUCUGGACCGUGAUGCCGUGAUUGAAGCCCCUGUAGCGAGUGUCCUUCCCGCAGGCAUGGAGAAGGAGUUUUCCCUGAUAGUGAGCCUCAACUCCAAGCGUGCCACCAAUGCCUUUCUGUUCAGCGUGCGGGAUGGAGUGGACCGGCUCCAGUUUGGUCUGCAGCUUCUGCCCAAUCGGGUGGUGGUGUACACAGGUGACAAAGCAUCCGUCUACUUCAGCUACGAAGCGCAGGAUGGACGGUGGCACUCGUUUGCAGUGGCGGUGCGUCCACGCUCUGUGUCCUUCUUUGGCCAAUGUGGGGGACUACACUACAGUGAAGAGACACUGACCAGGCCACGAAUGGUGGUCUCAAAUGGCCGGGUGGCCAUCGGAAAGAUGAGCUCCAGGGCAGCACAGUUUGAAGGCUCUCUGUGCCAGCUGGAGAUAUAUCCAUCAGCGCAGGUCGCAGCACAUUACUGUGACUAUGUUAAAAAAAACUGCAGACUUGCAGACACUUUCCGAUCUCCAUUCCCUUCCACAUCACCUUCCCUAAUGUCCUCUACGACCUCCCCUACUUCCUCUGAAACACACACACAAAACCCAGCCAACUCCACACUCAGGAACUCUAUAGGCAAAAUUAACCCUACAACUGCGUCUUUUUGGAAUACACUGACAUCGAGUGCCACUCGGACUGUUGGUCCGUCUCCAAGCCCCUUCAGGCCAACGCAUUCCCCAGAUCUUACUCCAAGAACUACUACAAGCACCCCUCCAAGUGAAGGUAGAUCCUAUGAGGAGAACAACACUGAGGAUCAGCGGCUGCUGAGAAGACCCCGUGCCACUCGGGCCACUCCAAACCUGAUCUCUCACCACAGGAAGAACCAGCUGAGUAACGACAAUGACUCCCACCAUCCAGAUCUCGCAGAGCCUCAAAUGAAGCUGAACGGUGCGACCUUAUACAGACAGCAAGGGUACAACAACCAGCUUGAACGUCUUGAGGAAUACGGCGAGGAACGGACAUACGACUCAGGGGUAUAUGGAUACGACUAUGGAUUUGAGGAUGGAGACUAUUUUUUGGACUAUGAUGGUUUUGAUGGUCUGAAAGGGGAUCCAGGCCCUCCGGGUCCUCCCGGUCCCCCCGGUCUCCCUGGGCCAGCUGGAAAGAGAGGACCACGGGGUCCUCCUGGUCCUCAUGGGAUUCCCGGCCCUCCUGGAUUACCUGGCCCCAAGGGUGCGAAAGGUGACCCCGGGCUGUCCCCAGGUCAGGCGACGAAAGGAGAACAGGGUGAGAGAGGACCACCUGGUCUUCCAGGCCCCAAAGGUUUUCCAGGACCAGUGGGUCCCAAAGGCUAUCCAGGACCACCGGGUCAGGCAGGAGAACAGGGUUUGCCAGGAUUGCCGGGCAUGGUCGGGGCGGCAGGUUACCCUGGCAGGCAGGGACUGGCAGGCCCAGAGGGAAACCCAGGCCCUAAAGGUGUCAAUGGUUUUAUCGGACCCCCAGGAGCACCAGGAGCACCGGGCAUACAGGGAGAAAGAGGGAUACCAGGACCUGUGGGGAAGAACGGACCCAAAGGAAGACAGGGCGUGAUUGGAGACGUUGGGGAAAGGGGUCCACCUGGGCCUGACGGGAAUCAGGGGCCUGUUGGAGCAACUGGCACCGGUGGCUUCCCAGGCCUCAGAGGCAACCCUGGGCCUGAGGGACGUCGCGGACUACCUGGCAUUGUUGGACCUCAGGGCCUGCCUGGAGGUGUGGGACCACCUGGAUUGAAAGGUGAUAAGGGAGAACCUGGAUUACGGGGGGAACCAGGAGACUAUGGCUACCAGGGUGACAAGGGGGCUGCAGGUAUUCCUGGACCACCAGGCCCACGUGGAAAACCCGGACCAAUGGGGAAGACAGGUGACCUAGGUGCCCCAGGACCACCAGGGCCUCCUGGACCUGAGGGAUUUCCUGGAGACAUUGGGGUUCCUGGUCCCAACGGCCCUCCAGGCCCAAAGGGUGUUCAGGGAGCGAGGGGCCCUCCAGGGCCUUUGGGGCCAAAGGGAACAGAGGGAGAUGAAGGCCCUUUGGGUCCACCUGGAGGUCCUGGCCCCACUGGCAGGCCUGGAAGGAAAGGUUAUAUUGGUGAGCCCGGACCUGAAGGACCGAAGGGUGAAGUUGGUGACCAGGGAAACGUCGGCAAGAGCGGCCCUCCAGGAGAAGAAGGUCUUCCAGGAAUUCCAGGAGUGGCUGGCCCACCUGGGGAAAAAGGAGAUCGUGGUCCAGCGGGUCCUUUGGGUCCACCAGGAGAGAAAGGUUCAAUGGGCUAUCCAGGCUUGCCAGGAGGUCCGGGAGAUGUCGGCCCACAAGGCCCACCAGGCCUGACAGGUCAGAGGGGUACUCCCGGUGUUCCUGGGACAAAAGGAAGGAGGGGGCCAAGAGGAGCUGAUGGACCACCUGGAGAGCCAGGACCAGAGGGCAUCAAGGGAGAAAAGGGCGGGCCAGGCCAGAAAGGAGCUACAGGGUUUGUUGGCAAAGCAGGAGGUCCAGGGAAACGAGGCUCUCCAGGGCCACCGGGUGUUGCAGGUCCAUCUGGAAGAUCUGGUGAAAGAGGACCUCAUGGUGAACCUGGACCUAAAGGGCCACCGGGGGAAACGGGAGCAGACGGAGAGCAAGGACCUGAGGGGCCUCCAGGACCUGAAGGUGAACAGGGACCUGCUGGAGAACCCGGAGCCAAGGGUGAAAUUGGACCUGUGGGUGCUGAAGGGGAGCAAGGGCAAGAAGGUGUAAGGGGGCCUCCAGGUCCAGCAGGGGAAGAUGGUCCUCAGGGAAAGGACGGGCCAAAGGGUGAACAAGGUGACCGCGGCGCAAUGGGAGAGCCUGGGGAAAGGGGCGAGGUCGGUGACCCCGGCCCUCCAGGACCUCCUGGAGACGCUGGAGCAAAAGGAUUCCCGGGACCCGAAGGAAAACAAGGACCACCAGGCAAACGUGGACGUCAUGGAAAGAAGGGUGACCAGGGUCCAUCGGGUCAGCCAGGAGAGAUGGGUCCUGCUGGCGAAAAUGGACAGGAAGGAGAGCGAGGACUGAAAGGAGCUCGUGGAACCAGAGGACCACAGGGUCAACCCGGAGUUAUGGGACCGCAGGGGGAACCAGGAAUGGAAGGGUACACAGGUCAUGUUGGCAAGCCUGGUCCACCUGGCCCCCCAGGACCUAAAGGUGAAAAGGGUUAUCCAGGAGAGGACAGCAGGACUCCAGGACCGCCGGGGCCCUUAGGUGAACCAGGUCCUCCAGGUGAGAGAGGUGACAGAGGAGACCCAGGAGAUAAGGGAUAUCAGGGUCACGUUGGGGUCACCGGUGCUCGAGGGUCAGUUGGACAGCAGGGGGCGCCAGGAUCACCUGGAAUGCCUGGAGAAACCGGACCUGAAGGAGAAAAAGGAACUCAGGGACAGCCAGGAAAAAAGGGUGCUCAGGGUCAGACCGGUUCUCCUGGUCCAGAGGGACCUAUAGGUUUGCCAGGGCCCAAAGGGAUGAUGGGAUAUCCUGGACCUGAUGGUCCUCCAGGGUUGCCCGGGUUACCAGGACUGCCUGGCCUGAUUGGUCACACAGGUCAGCGUGGCACGACAGGCAUUGAGGGGAGGGCGGGACUUCCUGGUCCGCGUGGUGAGCUCGGGCUACCUGGUGCGAUUGGAGACAGAGGAGAGCCUGGGAUACAGGGAGAGAGGGGUUUGCCGGGCGACAGAGGGGCAGCAGGUGCUAAAGGCCUGCAGGGUGCCCCUGGAGACCAGGGCAGAAAGGGUGAUCCUGGGGUCAAAGGUCAACCGGGGGAAGUUGGAGACCCAGGCAUCUUAGGACUUCAGGGUUUCCCAGGACCGAAGGGGCCGAGUGGAGAUUUAGGCUUUGCUGGAGUUCCAGGACCCAAAGGACCGCUGGGUACACUGGGUUUCACAGGUCCUGUUGGUCCAGUCGGUAUGAUCGGUCCAGUCGGAAGACCUGGUCCGCAGGGUCCUAAAGGAGGAACAGGAGAGAUGGGACCUCAGGGGCCACGCGGUAGUCCAGGACCAAGGGGUCUUCCAGGCGCUCCAGGACCAUCGAGACGUGUGCGUGUGGGAGGAGCCAUGCUGACUGUCAUGGAAUCUGACACACAAGUGCAUGAGAGCUACCAGAACGCCGAGGCAUCCGUGUCCGUGCAGAACGCCGAGGUCCUCAGGACUCUGCACUACCUGAGCACCGUCAUCUCUGACAUCAGGACCCCGGCAGGCACCCGGGAAAACCCCGCCCGCUUCUGCAAAGACCUGCUGGACUGCAAACCCAAGAUGGCCGACGGAAUGUUCUGGAUCGACCCGAACCUCGGCUGCUCGUCUGACGCCAUCCAGGUGUUCUGUAACUUCACAGCUGGAGGCCAGACCUGCCUUUCCCCCCUCUCUAGAGAUAAGGUGGAGCUUGGGGUCAGUAAGGUCCAGAUGAAGUUUCUGCACUUGCUGAGCAUUGAAGCCACUCAGUCCAUCUCGCUCCACUGCUACAGCGAGCCAGACACCACCUCCAUCACCACCUCCUCCACCUCCACCACCUCCUCCACCUCCUCCACCACCUCCUCCACCUCCAUCACCACUUCCUCCGCCUCCAUCCAGACAUCUGGCAAUGUACGCUUCUACGGCUGGAAUGGCCAGGUGCUCGAGAGGAGCUCCAUACCACACCAUCUUGUGCUUCAGGACGACUGUGGGGUACGUGACGGCCGAUGGCACCACUCUCAUUUCCUGCUGCACACUCAGGACCCGACCCUGCUCCCUGUCGUGGACGUGCAGGGUUUCCAGCCCCAGAGCGCAGGGCCUGAGCAGCGCCACCUGGAGGUCGGACACGUCUGCUUCCUGUGAGCCACGUCCUCCUCCUCUCACCUGUGAAACAACUGAAGGACUCUCGUUUCGAGAUGGCUGCCCGCAAAGCUGGGUCGCCAAAGAGCGCUGUGCUGCCGCCACGCCGUCGUGGCUUCCCAUGGGUCCUAAAGCCUGACCCGUACAGGGAAAACACCCUGUUUAAACUAAAGAAGAAUGCGAGUUGGAAUGAAGCAUGAACCCGUUGAGUGUGGGUUUUUUUUCGUUCUUCGAAUAUGGUGCUGGAGUUAACCGAGUCCACAGGCUGGGUUUUCAGAACUGUUUUUGUUUCUAGGUUAAAAGUGAGAUACUCAAAUGUGCUGAUUUUUGGAGAUUUUGAAGAAAUAAUCCAAUCCAGAACCUAAUAAAUAAGUAGAGAGUUAAAAAAAAAAAUGCUCAGUUGUGGUAUGAACAAUCUGACUCCAAAGUGUCCAAACAAGAUCAGGUCUAGUUUCACUGUGUUUCCCUGUGAAGAACUUCUGAAAGGCUGUUUCAGGAUCAGGUGCUGAUAAUCAGUUGUCCAAAACACAAUGUUACGCAACAUAUUAUAUUGUUAUUAAAGAGGCACAUUUCACUGUGUUUACGUCAUAAAUAUGAUUUUUGGCAACACAUUAGGCAUGAGCAACAGUGAUUAUGGGUGAGUUUAGAUAAAGGUAGUUAAAGUUAGCUAACUAGCUAAUGUUGGAUAUUGGCUUUCAAUGACAGUUUCUCCCUUACCUCAUAUGUAGUUGAUCAGGCAAGACAUGUUUGCCAAGUGCGAUAAAACUGUUCCUAAAUAGUAAUAAAUAACGGCGAUUCCCAGACUGAGCAAAAUAAUCGUGAUAAGCGGUUUAUCCGUUAUUUUACAGCCCUGACUGUUAGCAUGAACCUUUCUAAAUAUCACCAUUAGCCUUGUGUUUCAUUUGAGGAAGGCUACUUAAGUAGAAAGUAUUCUUGGGCAAAUAUUUUCGGACAAGUUUCAUAUUACGGAAGGUGAAGACAAUCCCAUGAUUCACUUCAGGACUACGAUAGUGUUCACGUGUUCUUUCAGGACUACAUGUAGCCUUAUUACUUAUACUGAUGCAGCUCAUAGAUCAUCACUUUCUGUUAAUAUAUACGUGUCCUGCUCAUGACGUCCUCCUGCACUGCGCAGUUUAGCUCAUUUCCUGCAUUAGCAGCAUAGCCACAUUAGCUUGGGAAUGAGUAGACGAGUCAAAUUAGCCAUGUUUAAUCCCAACAGCUAGAAUCCAGCCAUCGUUGGCCUCAGUCCACAGUAACUUUGGUAAUUUUGAAAACAUGUUUUGGCCAUACUAGCAUUUUCAGUCCAUUUCCCCUAAAAACAAUUCUAGUCCACAUUAAAGUGAAGCAUUAAAAUAUCAGAAAACAGCAUGCUGGGCAUGCACACUUUUCCUUUGUUUUGACAAUAUAAAUCUUCUCUUAUGUAUUAUAGAUAUUAUAUAAAGCACUCAAACAUGAAAAUAAAAAACAGCGUCGCAGUAAGUUCCGCCAUCUUGGAAUGAUAAUAAAAUAGAAAUGUUUAAAUUUGAACAUUCUAGGACUAAGACUAGGGUUCUAGGACUAAGUUUGUGUAGACUAGGACUCAAUUUAUAAGACUUAAAGUCAUAAGAAAUCUGUUGCUAGGCAACUGAGAAAUACAGCCACUAAGCAAAAGCUUGCUAAUGACAAGGGUAUCAAUUCAGUAGCCAUUAAGUUUUUUAUUUGGACAACGUAAACACACACUGACGGUGCAAGCAAGAUAAACUGAUCAGGAAUAUCUGCAUUGUCCCUCAGAAGUGUUGCUAAAUUGUAAAGAAAAUACAUUGUAGAGUUAAAAUGACACUGUAAUUACACUUAAUGUAGACUUUUAAAAACAUCCUCAGUAUUCUGCCAUAAUCUACAGUCAGUUAAAUAAAGAGCAUCAAAUUUAUUGGUUCAAAUGACUAUUUAAUGAAAACAUGCUUUUGUAGCAGUCAUGUGUGUUUGGUUUCUUUGUGUCCACACUUUAGCAAGUGCUAACGUACUAUGUGAUUAGCAAGCAGGUUAUUAGGUAGCUAUGUGAUAGGUUACAGUAGUGUAAGUUAAGACAUUGCAAUCAGGGCUGUUUUUGAACCUUUAGGGGAUUUAAGUGACAUCCUACGUUUUUUUUUUUAAAUCCUGCGUUCAUACAGGGUCCUGUGGUGGCUCGGAGGCCCAAUGCGACUGUGCGAAUAGUAUUUGUUUUUCGCUUUCUCAACAACUGGUUAGAAUAAACUCUCACCCUCUGAGAUACUUUUUAAUAUACUAGCAUUAAGAAACACACUUUACAUUAACACGCUGAAUCACAAGUAAAUCACAUGCUAGCACCUGUUUUAACCCACUGAAAGGUUGGUUGAUGAUCAGAUGAGUUGAAUCAGGAGUGCAUUGGGACUAAAAGAGCAGGAUUGAGGAAACACCAGACUUACCCGGUGCUAUGAGUGCAAUAGCUUGUGGAUGGAACGUGAGAGAUCAAGAAUCGCUUUUUGUUACGUGUACAAACUGAACCGUAGGCUAGUCAGACAGCACCUACCUCCUUCCCGCAUCGCCUUCCAAGAUGGCCGCUCACGAUGCCUCGGCGUUUGUUGUACUUACCAGCUGCGUCAAGACCCUUAAAGAGUACUUUAUUGAAAUACUGUCUUUGCAUUAUAAUAUAAUUUAUAUGAAUAUGUUUGACGUUGAUGUGUUGUGUUUUAUAGGCUUUAUUUACUUUUUUUUUUUUUUUUAUAAAAGAAGGUUUUAUAAAUCCUUACAGAAAAGUCGUCCUGCAUUUCAUGAAGCACAGAGUUUCAGCGUGUUUUGUAAUUAAGUAUACUGUACAUAUUUUACAAGUACACAUGUGUGUGAUGUAACCUGCUUAUAUGAAGGGCAUGAGACUUCUCUGUAAGGGUUCGACGCCUUCUCUAUGGUGCUGCGUUCGACACAGCUAGUUAAUCAGUCACUUUUUUUUGCCUGUGUAUAUUUUGACAAUAUAAUGUUGGUUUAUUUAUCUUUUUUUUCUUCGUAAAAUUGCUGUACUCCAAUAAAUUAUAAUACCUUUGUCAGAGAUCUGGCUAAUUAAGCAUUUAGUCCAAAUGAUUAUUUAUAUAAAGUUUGUAUUUGUAUAUGUAUAUAUACAUACACCCACCAACACACCCACACACACACACACACCCACCAACACACACACACACACUCGUGGCUCAAUGUUUGGCGAAGUACUGUCACAUUCUGGCAGCUAAAACAGGCCAGAUUCACAAAUAUCACACACGUUUAACUUAUAUAAGCACACAUCAACUGGAACAUUCACCCUGUAAAACAACAAAAUGUAAAUAUUAGAUAUGUUUGAUAUCAAAUAAACUGGUUUUAAUCCCAAA